AUGCCCUACGUCUUAUCAUUUGCGUCUCACCAAAAUCGCACCGUUACGGGAUCUUAUCCCAUCCCAGGCCAGUGGAAUGCGCCUAUGCAGAUGGACGUAUACCGUAUCACGGCAUUUUCCGCAUGGGGAUGGGAGAAACUACAGAGGCGACGAGGCAAGUGA